GUAGGCCAAUCCAGCAUUCCUCUGCGUGUUAAAAGCCCACCGGGUUCCUUUGGAAGCCACCUGGCACCAACGGGCGUUUAUUAGUGACAUACACACGGCUCUAUUUUCUGAAUUAAGGUUUGCUGGAUAGAUACUUCUAUUUCUGAUUUAAUUUUGCUAUGGGAAGAACGUCUAAAGACAAACGCGAUGUGUAUUACCGUUUAGCCAAAGAGCAAGGUUGGAGAGCAAGAAGUGCGUUUAAGUUGCUUCAUUUAGAUGAAGAAUUUAAUCUUUUCCACAAUGGAGUUAAGAAAGUCGUUGAUCUGUGUGCUGCCCCUGGUAGUUGGAGUCAAGUGUUAUCAAGAAAACUUCGAGGUACAGAAGUGGAAAAUAACAAAGAUGUUAAAAUAGUAGCAGUUGAUCUGCAAGCAAUGGCUGAUUUGCCAGGAGUGAUACAACUGCAAGGAGACAUUACAAAUGUAUCGACAGCACAAUCAAUUAUCUCACAUUUUGAGGGAGAGUCAGCUGACCUAGUGGUCUGUGAUGGAGCACCUGAUGUUACUGGUCUUCAUGAUAUUGAUGAAUACAUUCAAGCCCAGCUUCUACUUGCUGCAUUAAACAUUACCACACAUGUUUUGAAGCUUGGCGGAACAUUUGUUGCUAAAAUAUUCCGAGGCAAAGAUGUUACAUUGCUGUAUGCUCAACUUCGAUUAUUUUUUAAAAAAGUAACCUGUGCAAAACCCAGAAGCUCAAGGAACUCUAGCAUUGAAGCUUUUGUUGUAUGUGAAAACUACAGCCCACCUCCCAGUUAUAUUCCAAACAUGUCCAACCCACUCCUGGACAUGAAUUAUGACUUGUAUGCGAACCAAUUAGAAGGUCCUAACCGAGUGAUCGCACCUUUCUUAGCAUGUGGUGAUCUUAGUGGAUUUGAUUCAGACAGAACUUACAAAUUACAGCUUGAUGGUGCUGAAGAGUACAAGUACCAUCCACCAACACAAUCCCCAAUUAAUCCUCCAUAUAAGCAUGCAUGUCACUUGAAAUCUGAAUCAAAGUUGGCCAAAGAAACGAUAGCGGUUGCAGAAGAAGUGGCUACCGUGGAGAAAACUGUUAAAAACUUGACUUUGGAAAACUGUGAAAAUAACACAUAGAUACAUCAACAAUUAGUUACGAUUUAAUUGAUAUUAUCUUAUACAUUCUUAAUGAUAAUAUUAUUCCAAGUGGUUUUUAAGCCCCGAGAUGUGAUUUGAAAUGAGAAAUCAAAAGUGAGUUUACGCAAUCAUCUAGUUUUCGUAUCAAAAUUUAAAUUAAUUUUGUGCGCUUUGGUUAAGUUGUAUAGAUAACAGUUUUAUAUAAGCAUCUUUAUGGUUAAUACUCUCUCUGGAGUCUUGCACAAUAAAGCAAUCAUUGUUU